ACCCGUCGCCAUUAGAGCAAGCGCUUCGAAACGGCUUUAUUUUUUUGGUCAAAAUCUUUUAAUUGACAAGUUUUCCAGCUCUUGGAAAACAUUUACCGCCUUGUCAAGGGCGUAUUAUUUUCCUUAACGAGGAAAAACCUAAAAUUCGGGGGUUUUGGCCCCGUGUGACGAGCUUUCGUCCUCUCUACCAUCAGACUCCAUAACUUGAGACGCCGAAAUCGUGUCUCUUAUUUUUCUCGGGUUUGUUUUGCUGUCAAGAUGUCGCCGUGAUGGGGUCUCCGCGUUUGACAGAAAUGAACCAGGGCCUUCGUUGCCUGACCCUCACUCACUGCAACCCGCUUUCCUCCUCAGUUUUUCAGUUUGAUAUCAGAGAGCUGUGCGGCUCUCUGCCUGGAGCUCGGCCUCUACAUUACUCACCACACGGAGACAAACAUGGAGAAGAAUCCAAACAGCAGCACCAGCAACAAAGUUCCGCCCCGUUCCAGCUCCACAGGACCUACACCGGGCGACUCUAAACCCAAAACAGAAGGUAAAAACAAUGGAGGCUCCAAGCGCUACAGCCGCAAACGUGAGCCCACCUUUCCUAAAACCGACAGUUUCCCAGGCACUCGCCGCACCAAUUCACAGAAAAGCAAGAAUUUUGACAAGAGACCCCUUCAGAGAGGUGGACGACAGUCUGGUCUUACAGGUGGAGGACGACGUGAGGAGGUAGCAGAGACACGCCGGGCCGAAUUUAGCCCGGCUCAAUUUGCUGGACCGAAGAAAAUAAGCUUAAACCACCUGCUGAACUUUACCUUUGAACCACGUGGAGGAAAUGGUGGCUUCGGAGAUGGAGGCCCCUCCUGUUGGGGCCGCCGAAACAAAUGGGGCCACAAGCACAAGCCCUUCAACAAGGAGCUUUUUCUGCAAGCCAACUGCCAGUUUGUGGUGACUGAUGACCAGGACUACAAGGCCCACUUCACUGAUCCAGACACUCUGGUCAACUGGGACUGUGUGCAGCAAGUGCGCAUCUACAGUCAUGAAGUGCCGUCUUGUCCUAUCUGCCUCUACCCUCCUGUGGCAGCACGCAUCACCAGGUGUGGACACAUCUUCUGCUGGCCGUGCUUGCUGCACUACCUGUCUCUGGGAGAGAAGAGCUGGUCCAAGUGCCCCAUCUGCUACGAAGCAGUUCACACUGCUGACCUGAAGAGUGUGGUUGCCAUGGAGACCAGGCAGUAUUUAGCUGGUGAGUUAAUCACCAUGCGUCUGAUGCGGAGGGAAAAGGGUUCUCUUGUGGCCAUGCCCAGCUCUAAGUGGGUGAAGGUGGAGGAGCCUGUUCGCUUUGGAGAUGCAAGUCUAAGCCCGUACUCCAAGCUGUUGCUGACCUCCCCUGCGCAGGUCCUGAACCUGGUUGCAGAAGAGAAAGCUGUUCUGGAGGCUCAACUCAGCCAGGAGGAGGACACCCAAGGGUGCUUCAUCCAGAGUGCGCUUUGUCUUUUGCAGGAGCGAGAGGAAAUGCUGAAGAAGCAGAAGGCUAAUGCAGAAGACAUCCUCGACUUCUCCUCCCUGACUCUAGAACAGUCUCCUUGUCCCGUUGAAGAAGUGGUUGUUCACACCAGCAGCAACAAGCCUGUGCUACAGUAUUCCUCUGCAUUUGAUGAUGAAGUGGAGGAGGACCCAGAGGCUGAGGAGGACCCAGAGGCUGAGGAGGACCCAGAGGCUGAGGAGGACCCAGAGGCUGAGGAGGACCCAGAGACUCAGGAGGUUCCAGAGGCUGAGGAAGUUGCAGAGGCUGCUUCUGCAGAGCUGCCAGGCCUCCCUGAAGGCAUUUUGGAGUGUGUCCUGGAGGAGCCUCCAGAGGCUAUGAUGGAUGCAGUUCCAGAGCCUGAGCCUGAUGAAGUUAGUUCUGCUGGCCAUGCAGAGUGUGGCCGACCCUCGACAAGUUCAGUGCAUGGACCUUACUACUACUUCUACCAAGCUGACGACUGCCAGCAGAUGUUCCUGCAUCCUUUGAAUGUACGCUGUCUGUUACGUGAAUACGGCAGCCUGGAGGCCAGUCCUGACUCCAUCACUGCUUCAGUGGUAGAGAUAGUGGGACACACCGUAACUGAGGAUAUUCGUCGCCGUCAUCGCUAUCUGGCUCACCUGCCGCUCACAUGCGAGUUCAGCAUCUGUGAGUUAGCUCUACAGCCACCAAUCCUGUCCAAGGAAACUCUGGACACCUUUGCAGAUGACUUGGAGAAGAGAAAGCGCUUAAGGCAGAAAAAAGUGAGGGAUGAGAAGCGCAGAGAGAGGCGUAUUGAAAUAGAGGAGAACAAGAAGCAGGGUAAAUAUCCUGAGGUGCACAUUGGAUUAGAGAACCUUCAUCAUUUUCCUGCAUUUGGGUCCCCGUCUUACUACGGCAGCCCCCCACUUCAGCCUGAUUUCACAUAUAAUCCCCCCUCACCGCUCAGCACCAGUCCAUCCUCUGACGGGAUGAGAUUCCCCAGUCUGAACGGGCAAAGCUCUUCGCCCAUAGUCGGCAGUGUGGAGGACGACUCCCACUGUAUGUCCUUUGCACAGAUGCUAAGAGAUGGGAAAGCCAGAGUUGAUGCUGGGCCCAGAGUCAACCCAAAGAAAGAUAUGUUGCUAGCUCCCCCAGCAGCAGACAGCGAUGGAGAGAGUGACGGGUCAGACCGCGUCCCCGUGCCCAGCUUCCAAAACUCCUUCAGUCAGGCUAUUGAGAAGGCACUUCUGCAGCUGGACAGUGGUCCUGCUUCUCCCCCUCAACCUGUGGUUGAGCCAGAUGAGAAAGGAGGAAAGAAGAAAAAGAAAAAGCAGAAAAUUCUCUUUAGCACAUCCAUGGUUCACACAAAAUAGACCACACUGAAGUUCAAUUACAAUCUGUUUCUUUGUUUCAUCUUCCCACUUCUCUUGUUUUUACUUCCAUGCCGACCUGUUCCAGAACUAAACUAUGGAAAAAGGCUUCACUAAGUAUCAAAGGUGGUGCUUCUUUUAAUUUUUGCUCUUAGAGCAUGGUCCACCUUUUGGGUUGGCACACCAUCAGUUUUAUUUGCAUAUAUUUUCAGCUAGCUCAUAGCUUUGCAGCAGAUUCCUGUCACAAAGCUCUGUGGGAAAACAUUUAUUUCUGAGGCUAAGCAAAGUCAGGAAUAUUGUGACAUUAGGCUUUCCAGUUGUGUAUGUUUUAGGCUUUCUUUGCUUCCAGAUACAUCACAUGGGUUGAUGGGGGAUGUCCACCUUUCCUGAAUCAAACCCUGCGAGUUGAAUGUAGGAUCCUUGAGUAAUGUGGUUAAGAUCAUUCUAUGGUGUGUUACUUUAGAAUAGCAGUCAGCCAGCUGCAGGUAUGUGCACCUUCAAAUCUUUCCAGGAUACUCAGUGCUCUGAAAUCUCAAUCUGGUGCUAGACUUAAGAACAGAAUGAAUAAAUACUUUGAUUUCUUUCAGUGUUUCACUGGUUAGUGUCAACCUUUUUAAAAAGGAUAAGUUUUGGGGAUUGCUGGUUUGACAUAACUGCCCUAGUAUUUUCUAACAACACAAGUACAAAAUGUUCUAAUACCAUAGUGAGGAAGUAAAAACAGUAUUAAAAGAGAUUAGGUUUGUUGGUUCAACAGAGAUCUAGUGUAUACUACCUGGUUUAUCAGUAAAUACGCACUUUCUUCUCAUUCAUUUUCUCCUCGGUCACCUUCUGUUUUAUAAUAUUUACUAACAUUUAAUAAUACACCCUGUUUAUUUUCAGUGUUGGAAAGGUGUGAUGCUAAAGAGAAAUGCGACAUUUAAAAAAUGCUGGUGAAACCUGAAAAGAAAGGUGGAUCUGAAAUGUUUUGUUGGAGGGUUCUUUAAUUCACCUUGAAUUUUGAGCAAGUUUAGACUAGUAAGCAUAACUAGUCUGUUGAAAUGAAUAAACAAUUAUGCACAAUCAA